CCCCGGCGCGGGCCGCGGGCGCCAUGAGCGAGGAGAGCCGCGGGGACGGCCGCGCCGACGGCGCCCGGGACCCCGAGCAGCAGCUCCGCCUGCGCGCCUGCGUGCUCCGCGAGCUGCGCGCCACCGAGCGCGACUACGUGGGCACCCUCGAGUUCCUCGUGUCGGCGUUCCUACAUCGAAUGAACCAGUGUGCAGCCGCGAAAGUUGACAAAAAUGUAACAGAGGAAACAGUGAAGAUGUUGUUCUCAAACAUUGAAGAAAUCCUUGCUGUCCAUAAAGAAUUCUUAAAAGUGGUGGAAGAAUGCUUACAGCCGGAGCCCAACGCUCAACAGGAAGUGGGAACCUGCUUUCUCCACUUUAAGGACAAGUUUCGUAUCUAUGAUGAAUAUUGUAGUAACCAUGAGAAGGCACAAAAAUUGCUUCUUGAACUGAACAAAAUAAGGACAAUCCGAACGUUUCUUUUGAACUGCAUGUUGCUCAGCGGGAGAAAGAACACAGAAGUUCCCCUGGAAGGCUAUUUAGUAACACCAAUACAAAGGAUAUGCAAGUACCCUCUCCUUUUGAAGGAGCUGUUGAAGCGGACGCCGCGGAAGCACGGCGACUAUGCGGCCGUGAGCGAGGCCCUGCAGGCCAUGAAGGCCGUCUGCUCCAACAUCAACGAGGCCAAGAGGCGGAUGGAGAAGCUGGAGCUUCUGGAGGAGUGGCAGGCACACGUGGAAGGCUGGGAGGGCUCCAACAUCACUGACCACUGCACUGAGAUGCUGAUGUGUGGGGUCUUACUGAAAAUUUCUUCUGGAAACAUUCAAGAACGGGUGUUUUUUCUCUUUGAUAACCUUCUGGUGUACUGCAAAAGAAAGCACAGGCGGUUGAAGAACAGUAAAGCAUCCGCAGAUGGACAUAGAUACCUUUUUCGUGGCCGAAUCAACACUGAGGUGAUGGAAGUGGAGAAUGUGGACGACGGCACGGCUGACUUUCACAGUAGUGGGCACAUUGUUGUUAAUGGGUGGAAGAUACACAACACAGCAAAAAAUAAAUGGUUUGUUUGUAUGGCGAAGACACCUGAAGAAAAGCAUGAAUGGUUGGAAGCCAUUUUGAAAGAAAGAGAGCGACGGAAAGGUUUAAAAUUAGGAAUGGAGCAAGACACCUGGGUAAUGAUCUCUGAGCAGGGCGAGAAACUUUAUAAAAUGAUGUGCAAUCAAGGGAAUCUAAUCAAAGACAGAAAAAGGAAACUGACCACGUUCCCCAAAUGCUUUCUUGGAAGUGAAUUUGUGUCAUGGCUGUUGGAAAUUGGAGAGAUCCACAGGCCCGAAGAAGGUGUGCACUUGGGACAAGCUUUAUUAGAAAAUGGAAUCAUCCACCAUGUUACUGAUAAACAUCAAUUCAAGCCAGAACAGAUGUUGUACAGAUUUCGCUACGAUGAUGGUACCUUUUACCCGCGGAAUGAGAUGCAAGAUGUGAUUUCGAAGGGUGUAAGAUUAUAUUGCCGUCUGCAUAGUCUCUUUACUCCAGUGAUAAGAGAUAAAGAUUACCAUUUAAGGACCUAUAAAUCUGUGGUGAUGGCCAACAAAUUGAUAGACUGGUUAAUUGCACAGGGGGACUGCCGCAGCAGAGAAGAGGCGAUGAUCUUCGGCGUCGCGCUCUGUGACAAUGGAUUCAUGCACCACGUCCUUGAAAAAAGUGAGUUCAAAGAUGAGCCCCUGCUUUUCCGUUUUUUUGCGGAUGAGGAAAUGGAAGGAUCAAAUAUGAAACAUCGACUUAUGAAACACGAUCUAAAAGUUGUGGAAAAUGUUAUAGCUAAAUCACUGUUGAUUAAAUCUGAUGAAGGCAGCUAUGGAUUUGGGCUAGAAGACAAAAAUAAAGUUCCCAUCAUCAAGUUGGUAGAAAAGGGAUCGAUCGCUGAGAUGGCCGGCAUGGAAGUUGGGAAGAAGAUUUUCACUAUUAAUGGUGACCUUGUUUUCAUGAGACCUUUCCAUGAAGUGGACUGUUUCCUGAAGUCAUGCUUAAACAGCAGAAAGCCUCUAAGAGUUCUUGUGAGCACAAAGCCAAGGGAGACAGUGAAAAUUCCAGAUUCAGCCGAUGGGCUUGGAUUCCAGAUUCGAGGGUUUGGCCCUUCUGUUGUGCAUGCGGUAGGGAGAGGCACUGUGGCUGCAGCAGCGGGCCUCCACCCCGGACAGUGCAUUAUCAAAGUCAACGGGAUAAACGUCAGCAAAGAGACCCACGCCAGUGUAAUCGCCCACGUGACAGCCUGCCGGAAGUACAGGCGACCCAUGAAGCAAGAUGCCAUCCAAUGGGUUUAUAACAGCAUUGAGAGCGCUCAAGAGGAUAUCCACAAGUCCAGCUCCAGGACCCCAGGGGACGAGGCGGGGCAUGCCUUUGACUGCAAGGUAGAAGAGGUGAUGGACAAGUUCAAUACCAUGGCCAUCAUCGACGGGAAGCAAGAGCACGUGAGCCUGACGGUGGACAACGUGCACCUGGAGUAUGGGGUUGUGUACGAGUACGACAGCACCGCCGGCAUCAAGUGCAACGUGGUGGAGAAGAUGGUCGAGCCCAAGGGCUUCUUCAGCCUGACCGCCAAGAUUCUUGAAGCCCUCGCUAAAAGUGAUGAUCAUUUUGUACAAAACUGCACCAGCCUCAGUUCCCUAAAUGAAGUGAUUCCGGCUGACCUGCAGAGUACAUUUGGUGCCGCGUGCAGUGGAAGAAUUGAGCACGUAUGCCGGAGAAUAUCCAAUUAUAAGAAGUUCUCUAGAGUGUUGAAGAAUAGAGCCUGGCCCACCUUUAAACAGGCCAAAUCUAAAAUCUCUCCACUGCACAGCAGUGACUUCUGCCCUACCAACUGCCAUGUCAAUGUGAUGGAAGUUUCUUAUCCCAAAACAUCAACCUCUCUGGGGAGUGCAUUUGGUGUUCAACUGGAUAAUUGGAAGCACAGUUCUCAUGGUAAAGAAAGUAAAUCUGAACAAGGGAAACUGAGCCCGAUGGUCUACAUUCAGCACACGAUCACAACGAUGGCCGCACCGUCGGGACUGUCCCUGGGACAGCCAGGCGGCCACGGUCUCCGGGACCUGUUGAGAGAAGAAGAUUUAGAAACGCAGGAUAUCUAUCAGAAGCUGCUGGGGAAACUCCAUGCCGCGCUGAAAGAGGUGGAGUUGUGUGUUUGUCAAAUAGAUGAUCUUAUGUCUUCAAUAACAUAUUCUCCUAAAUUGGAACGGAAGACCUCAGAGUGCGUAAUACCAACAGACAGCGACAACGAGAGAGGAGAAAGAAACAGCAAGCGGGUCUGUUUCACCGUGGUCGGGGAUGAGCAGGAAGACUCGGGUCAUGACACCAUCAGCAACAGAGACUCCUACAGUGACUGCAACAGCAACAGGAACUCCACCGCCUCCUUCCACAGUAUCUGCAGCAGCCGGUGCAGCUCCUAUUUCCACAGUGACGAAAUGGACUCAGGCGAUGAACUUCCCCUCGGUGUCCGCAUUUCUCGUGAUAAACAGGACAAGAUACACAGUUGCCUUGAGCAGCUUUUCAGUCAGGUGGAUUCAAUUACCAACCUCUUGAAAGGACAAGCCGUGGUGAGGGCCUUUGAACAAACCAAGUGUCUCACUCCGGGUCGAGGAUUACAAGAAUUUCAACAGGAAAUGGAAGCAAAGCUGAGCUGUCCCAAAAGGCUGAGGCUUCACAUCAAGCAAGACCCUUGGAAUCUCCCCAGUAGUGUCCGAACUCUCGCUCAGAGCAUCAGAAAGUUUGUGGAAGAGGCGAAGUGUAGGAUGCUCUGGACUCUUCUUGAGUAUUCAGCCGGUGACACGCAGCUUCGAAGGGACAUGGUGUUCUGCCAGAGCCUGGUGGCCACUGUCUGCGCCUUCUCAGAGCAGCUCAUGGCCGCCUUAAACCAGAUGUUUGAUAACAGCAAGGACAGUGAGAUGGAGACCUGGGAGGCCAGCCGGAGGUGGCUGGACCAGAUAGCCAACGCAGGCGUCCUGUUCCACUUUCAGUCACUCCUGUCACCAAACCUGACGGAUGAACAAGCCAUGCUGGAAGACACCCUGGUUGCACUGUUUGAUUUAGAGAAGGUUUCCUUUUACUUCAGACCGUCAGAAGAGGAACCACUGGUUGCAAAUGUUCCUCUGACAUAUCAAGCAGAAGGAAGCCGGCAAGCUCUGAAAGUUUACUUCUACCUAGAUAGUUAUCUUUUUGAACAACUACCCCCGAGGUUGAAAAAUGGCGGGGGAUUUAAAAUUCAUCCUGUUCUCUUUGCACAAGCCCUGGAAAGCAUGGAAGGGUAUUACUAUAGAGACAAUGUUUCUGUGGAAGAAUUUCAAGCCCAGAUAAAUGCAGCAUCCUUGGAAAAGGUGAAACAAUACAACCAGAAGCUCCGCGCAUUCUACUUGGACAAGUCAAACUCACCACCAAACUCCACUUCGAAAGCGGCUUACGUAGACAAGCUCCUGAGGCCGCUCGGCGCGUUGGAUGAGCUCUAUCGCCUGGCGGCCUCGUUCAUCCGCGCCACGCGCACGGCCGCCUGUGCCCACACCACCUGCAGCGCGUCGGGAGCGGGGCUGCUGUCUGUGUCCUCGGAGCUGUGUGACCGGCUGGGGGCCUGCCACAUCAUCAUGUGCAGCAGCGGCGUGCACCGGUGCACCCUGAGCGUGACCCUGGAGCAAGCCAUCAUCCUCGCCAGAAGCCACGGGCUGCCACCUCGCUACAUCAUGCAGGCCACGGAUGUGAUGCGCAAGCAGGGAGCAAGAGUUCAGAACACAGCGAAGAAUUUGGGAGUCAGAGACCGGACCCCUCAGUCGGCGCCCAGGCUGUACAAGCUGUGUGAGCCCCCUCCCCCAGUGGGGGAUGAAUGAAGACCCUCUGCUAGGACGCAGCAGUCAGAAGCCCCACAGCGUGCACCCCGGCUCCACACUCUCCACUGCAAAUAAAGCGGCGCCUCUGUUCAAUUGAAGUCUCUCCAUCCUCGCGGUGGAAAAACGAACGUUCCGAUGGCGCUUGGAUGCGUACGCUGAAAAUAGAUACGAGUCUGUGUAGACAGUCCAGUCUCGUAAAUGAAUCUCUUUCUAUGUGGACAUUAAAUAGUCACUUUCAGGCCGAAAUUCACUGGUGGAAUUUAUGGGGAAACUAUGAGAGGUUAAAAAAAAUGAGCAGUUGUACCUGCUUUCUCAUUCAUUCAUUUUACAGUGUUUGUUUUCCUCUGCUCCUCCUGGACAGCAGUAGUGGUGGGUAGCUUUUCCUCAAACAAGUCUGUGCCGGAGGAAACACGCACUGCACUCUGCAAACAGGUGAGUGCAGGAUAGCCGUGGUGGUGGGAUUGCUUUGCUCCUCAUAUGCAUCAGAGAAGGCGUCUGUGGAAGGUGCGGGCGCGUGCAUCGUUUCCUCCAGGAGGAUGCUGAGUCGGGAAGAGCUGUCGUGUUCCCCAGACAGAUGUCUUCCAAUGCUUUUGAGUAGAUUUCAAGUACAAGAUUCUGUCAUCAGUGGCCAUGGAUAAGAAGUAGUGAGGACCAAGGAAGAGAAACAUUAUCCUAAUGGAAAAACCCAGCCUUGAACAUUGAGCUAUACAUCUCUUGUAAGUGUUUUGAAGCCUUUCCGAGGAGAGGUCAGACCCUGAAAAGAAUAAUGGUUAUGUGAAUUUUCCUACUCCAGUAAAUGCGUAAGAUGUGAAGAUAGGGUUUAUUUGUCGUCCUUCAAGAGGACCAUUAGGAACCUUGAUCAUAUGGACACAAAGUAUAAUCUGUCUUCAUCCUAGAGUCUAUGUCAUGUGUUGAGCAUUGAGAGUACAUUAAUAUUGGCCUUCGAUACAUGGCUUUCAAAAUAAUUAAACAUUCCUAUGGGGAUCAUAAGAGUCAUUCAUUGAUUAACAUCUGGGACAAGCGCUGGACCUAGUGUCGGCAAGGGAUUUAUUUCAUGGUGUGUGAGCCUCACAGGGGAACUUACACAAGCCGAGGUGGUGACAUCAGUAGAUGGUAUCCUCUUUAGCCACCAUUCAUGAAUGUUGACCAUCACUGACCCAAACACCAAUAAACAGCACAGGCCUGUAGACGGAUUUCGAUUCAAUGUGUGAGAGGCUUUCACUACUAAAGCUCAAGAAAACCACCAUUAAGUUUUGUUUUAUAAAAAUCUAAGAAUGGCUUUCAGGCUGUCAUUAAGAAUCUUCGUCACUAGGAACUAUACGUGGAGUAUCAAAAAUAGUGUUAGAAAUACUUGGGAUAUCAACACAUCUCCAUAUCCAGAUGGCUAUCUGUCUACUAGUAGCAAUCAAGAUCGUGAUAAUCAGUAUUUGACACACCUUUUUGCAGUGAGUCCUUACAGAUAAUGACCAUGAAACUGACAUCAGGCUCCAGAGAACACCCUGAAUUAAAUAAAGACAGGAACUUUAUAUGCCUAUGUAUAUUAAGUCAACCCUUAACUUCCAGGGAUUUAACAACUUAAAACUGUUGGCAAGUGAAGGUUCCUGUAAAUUUUGAAGGUUCCUCUAAAUCUGUUAAUUUCCUGCACUGAAGAUGUGAUUACUUUCAAUUCAGGGUGAAUGAAUGAACAGAGCUGAUUAGCUUGCUAGAACUUUCCUUCCUGUCGCCACGGCUUCCAAUCACCACCUUGGUAAUAACCCUCAUGAGAGUCAUGAAAAGGCCAUCUAAUGAUUCAGUUGUACUUUGCCAUAUCUCGUGGGACCCAUUAUCUGUUAUUGUUUUAUUUAUAAGUUCAUGGAUUUUAAGGAUCUACUCUGUAUUCAGUGGAAUUCACUUAGUAUUAUUUUUAGGGUUAAAAAUAGGCAUACGAUCUACCAAUGUGCAUAGCACUUGCUCAAUGCCUCGCAGUAGUGUAUACUAACAGCAGUCACUGGGAUUUCUUACUGUAAUAAAAUUGCAGCUAACACUGAUGUUUACUCUGUACUGGAUAAUGAUUCUGCUUAGCCCGUAGUUAGUUGUUACCAUUUCACAGAACGCUCACAACAGGGCUGGGAGAUGAUAUUGUUUUUAUUGCCCUAUUUAACAGUUGAGAAACUGAAGAAUAGCCCAAUGGCUUGCACAAGUUCAUACGACUAACAAAAAAGUCUCUUACUAUGCUAUGCUGUUUUCCCUUAUUAGUGUAAUAAUAUUACAAAUUAUGUGUUACUCUAGCUAGAGUUAUGUAGUAAGCACUGCCAUUUAAUUAUAUAUUUUCCAUUGCACAAAGUGAAUGCAAAUAUGAAUGCAUAUUAAUGGCCUUAAUAUAUGAAAAUUGUGCAGUUUCCCAGACAUUUUAUCAUUCUGAAUGCACAUUUGCUAUAUGAAUUUUUAUAUCAUAAUCCCCCUUAUUGAAAAAUAAUAGUUCUAGACAUUUAUUGCAAGUGUGGAAUAGUGUACAUCAUAUGAAGCUUGACUAUAAUUUCAAAGGAAAGGUAACAGCAAAAAUAUAGAAUGGAGGAGUGAAUAAUGACCAUUUUUCAUUCGCAUAAAGUACCUCCAUAUAAUAUUGGGUGCGUUACUGUCUGGGCAUUCUGACUCCAUUUACUCUCAUGCCUUACAUUCCUCCCUAGCCAGCGCUCCUUCAAUGUUGCUGGAGCCUGCCCUCUACUUUUCCAACCCCGAAAUUUGGGCUUCUGCCCCUUUCUGAAAUAAAUGACCCUGCCUUGAAGUUUUAUAUUUUACCAGGGGAACCUGACUCAAAAAAAAUAAUAACCCAUAUAUUGCAAACAUUCCAUUGUUUUUGUAUCUUCUUUCUAAUAUUAAAUUACAGAACUCCUCAUGCCAAAUUACAGAAUUUAAUGUAAGUACAAGGAAUUUGAGAAAACUAGCCACUUGUAUCUCUUCCCACUAUUAGUUAGCCGAAGAGAGUGUCUGUGCUAGUUUUACCUCUAGUGGAUAUGUAACAUUAAAUUUAGAGUUUGCACUUUGUUUUAUAAGCCAGCAUCCCCAAGGUAAGAGCCAGGUUGUUUCCUGUCUCUUGACGAUGUCCCUGGCCAGGGGCUAGAUAUCCUGUGUGCUCAAUGGCUGCUUUCCGCAGUGACAGUAUCCAAUUUAAAAUUAAGCUAAUAACGGAGGGUAUCACAAUAUAGAUGACAUCGAUUCUGGCUGCGUUAAUUUCAAUUUUGUAAUCAUUAAAUUCAGGAUAAAAUGAAAUUGACUCUAAACUGUAACCACCAAGAAAAAUCAGUGGGUAAGCAAAGUCUUAAAGGAUAUAUUAACUAAUCUAAACAACUUGUAUUCAGUCUUGUGAGCAUAUACCUUUCAUAGCCAAGAUUAGUAUUUAUUGAUUUGAAAGCAUUUAAUUAGUAAAUUACUCCUUAUAUUUACGAUGAAUACAUUCCUAUUUAGAACAUUAAGAUAUUCUUUCAUUAGUUGAAAUAGUUUUCCUAUAGCACAUGGUUUAAUGUAGUUUAGUAGCAUUUUUAUUCACUUUUUAAAAAUAAAAUCAUGUUGAAAGUUAAAAUGGUCUUUCUUUAAGUCAUUUGUAUUUUAUAUUUUAUUAGAAGGUCAUUUUCUGCCUCUCUACUGUAGUAGUAAUGAAAGUAACCUUUAGUAUUUAACCAAAUUCCCUCUGAAUUCUGUUUUAUCUUUUAUAGAUUUAUUUGUAUGGGAACUAUCUUGCUAAAUUAUAAUA